AUGAGUGCCGAAGGACAAGAACUUGCCUCCCAGUCUGGCUACGAAGAUGGCGCCGCUGGCGGCCCUGGUGCACCCACGCCACUCUCAGCUCUAGAGGUAAGAUAUUCUUGUACAUCUCUUCAUCCAACACAAGCUAAGAUUGCCUUGUCAAGGNGAAUGGCGGGUCUGACAAAGCGAGACAUACAACUGUUCGUCGAAGGCGGAUUCCACACCGUCGAGUCCGUGGCGUACACUCCAAAGAUGGUGCUUGAGCGCAUCAAGGGUGUGUCUGAGCAAAAGGCGACUAAAGUCCUUGUAGAGGCUGCCAAACUUGUGCCUAUGGGCUUCACGACUGCCACCGAGAUGCACGCACGCCGUAGCGAACUCAUUUCUAUCACGACUGGUUCCAAGCAGCUCGAUACGUUACUCGCAGGAGGAAUUGAAACAGGAUCCAUCACAGAAGUUUUUGGCGAAUUCAGAACGGGAAAGAGUCAGUUAUGUCACACGCUGGCAGUGACCUGUCAGCUGCCCUUUGACAUGGGUGGUGGUGAAGGCAAGUGUCUUUACAUCGACACCGAAGGUACCUUCAGACCAGUCCGUUUGCUUGCAGUGGCGCAAAGAUACGGGCUUUCGGGAGAAGAGGUUCUCGACAAUGUCGCAUACGNNCGCGCAUACAACUCGGAGCACCAACUUGAUCUUCUCAACCAGGCGGCUCAGAUGAUGACAGAAACACGCUUCUCGCUCUUGAUCGUCGAUUCGGCAACGGCUCUCUACCGCACAGAUUUCUCUGGACGUGGUGAGCUGUCAUCAAGACAAACACAUCUGGCAAAGUUCAUGCGGACGUUGCAACGCCUCGCGGACGAGUUUGGUAUUGCAGUACUUAUCACCAACCAGGUGGUAGCACAGGUGGAUGGUGGACCAAGUGCCAUGUUCAACCCCGACCCCAAGAAGCCUAUUGGUGGCAACAUUAUUGCGCACGCCAGCACAACACGCCUCAGUCUGAAGAAGGGUCGUGGUGAGACCAGAAUAUGCAAGAUCUACGACAGUCCCUGCUUGCCUGAGAGCGAUGCCAUGUUCGCCAUCAAGGAGGACGGUAUCGGCGACCCCAGUCCCAAGGACCUCGACAACAAUUAG